ACAAAUCCUGAUUCUGGCGACCAAGGCACGUCUGAAAUGCGGAUAGCCUGUCUGUCGUCUCGUCCUCUCGGCAAUGCGCAAUUUAGGAGUCGCUUUUCGCGCGAGCACCUUCCGCGCAAGCACCAUGCGCUCUCCUCAGUUGCCUUCCGCAGCCGGCGGUAGUCAGCGCAAUUCGGCUUCGGUAGCGGGAAUGGCGACGAUUAACGCGACGGCUAGUGUCGCAGGGCGGUCGCAUGGCAGAAGUGUGCUUCAGCCUGGACGGUUUCCGACUCAACAAGAGCUUCUUCGCUUCCCAGAUAAGCUCAUCAGAGACAUCGCUUUUGUUGCCUUCUGCCCGCCGCUGCUGCUCUCGUCCAACCAGCUACCAACAGUGGACCCACACGCAUUCGCCCAGACCUCUUCCCUCCUGAUGCCUAACAGCCCGGAUCACUCCAGUCCAAGCAAUUAUCCGCACCAUGAGGCAUGUGACAAUAGCGAGAGGGAGGGCCAACAGGCGCUCUUGGCCUGGCUGGAGUCCCUGGAUGGAGGACACGUGGCAGCAUGGUUCAGGCAGAAGAAACAGAGCGCCCGAUUGGGCGACCACUAUGCUCUUUGCAUUCUCUUCGCCCUCACGUUCGGCCCGAGCCUCAAGCCUCGGGGCCUCCGAACCUCUGUCCAAGUUCACGUUUCAGAGGUUCGGGGGAAGCCCACCCGGCUUAUCUUCCCCGAACCAGAUCAAACCCUCCCCGAAGCAGACACAUCAGCUGACGGCGGCCUAUCCGAACCUGACCCCCCCAACCCAACAUGCCAGACUCCUCCACCUUGUUGAAGCAGAGUCCAGACCAGCCGAACUUACCGAGCCUAGAGGGCUUCAGCGUGCCGAGCCUGGAGCUGGCUCCGGCUCGGCCAGAGCUAGACUUUCCGGAGCUGAGGCAGAUGGGCAGACGGGCUCGGAAGCGAUUCCUGCGCGAGUCGAGGGAGAGGAAGGGGCGGAUUCAGACCAUGGGGGAGUUUGAUGUGCUCUUCACCCUGCCGCCUCCCUCCCUCCCUCCUCACUCACCCUCUCCUCCUCCUCCCUCUCUUCCUCACUUGCUCUCUCCUCCUCCCCUUUCUCCUCCUGAUUCCAAGUCGCCUGGUUUAUGUUGCAAGAGAGUUUUAGAGGGUGGUGCAACUGCUGCUGCUGAUGAUUGUGGUGGAGAUACAGCUGCUGUUGCAGCUGUUGAUUCUGCUCCUCCUGCUGCUGCUGCUGCUGCCGCUGCUAAUCCCGCCAUUGGAACUUGAGGAUGCAGCCGCAGCAGCCUCAGCUGUGCUCCACCACUGGGAGCUUUCCGUGAAGUUUCUCCUCUUCGUGGGCUCGUGGGACGAUGCACUUGCCAUCUUCUCCCGCCGGUUCCAUCCCACUCAGAGCAGCAGCAGCAGCAGCAGCAGCAGCACCACCACCACCACCACCACCAUCACCACCACCAUCACCACCACCACCACCAGUAGCAGCAGCACCACUAUCAGUGGUAGCAGCAGCAGCAGCAGCAGCAGCAGCAGCGGCAGUGAAGCAGCACCUGACUGGCUGCUGGGGCAGUACCUGGGCCCCCACGUGGGGGAGUCCCUCCGCGACCGGAAGGAGCGGCUUAGCCGACAACUGCUGCUGGGCAAACACGGUUAUGGGGCUCAGCUUAUAACGAGGAUGUAUGGAGUUGAGGUACUGGGGGGGCGGCAAUGGAAAAUGAAGGGAGUAGGGAGAGUUGUGGGGUGGAUGGGAUUACAGAGAGCUGUGGAGGGAAAGAGAUAUUAUCCUCGUUACAAGCAGCAGCGCUGUUACAAGGGUACUUGUUCUAUGACAGCAGCAGGAGACACAGCAGCAGCAGCAGCAGGCACAGGAGCACCAGCAUCAGGAGCAGCAUUUUAUGGAGAAUGUGCCGUGUUCCCCUGGCACUGGUACGGGUGGUGGACGCAUGAUGCUGCAGCCAUGGUGCAGCUGCCCAAGCAUGCCCACUCCCCGCUGGUACAUCAUGCCCAAAGACGAAUGGCUCUCGCCUGUGCUGGUCCCAGAUGAGACACCCCCCUGUCUAUUGCCUCCAGAUACCACCUCCCCUGGAACCCACCUAGAUGCUGCCUGUGCAAGUGCUGACCUGGACGCUACCUUCCCCGAAGCCCACCAAGAAGCAACCUGCUCUGGUGCUGAUGACCUAGGUGCCUGCUUCCAGUCUUGCCCGGAUGGAAUUGCAACGCCAUUGACAGGAAACCUUUUGCUUCAAGUUAUUUUACAAGUGCUCCGAAGAGGCUCGGUUGAGGAAUCUUCCCAGGAAGCUCCGUUUCUUGGUUGCUGAGCUGGAGUGGGACUCACGGUAUCAGUUUCAGGAGGAGACGAAUGGUGAAAUGCGUGAUAGCGAUGGAAGUGAGGGGCUUGAGCAUUGUGAUAGGAAGGGAGCUUGGGUUGAGGCUAGCAGGGGAUUUAUUGUUGAGAAGGGUUGGCCUGAUAGUCGAAACCAUCCUCCACAUGGAUUCGUUUGGAGAGAAGAAUGUAACAUUCCCUUUU